CCAUUUUGGGUGCGGGCAAGCUGCCGUUUUUCUUGACUUCCUCGCGAGUCAUCGAGCUCUGAGAGGGAAAGAAGUACUCUCGCACUCCGCGGCUCCUGAGGCAGCGCUCCGGAAGAGGGACAGGUGCUCCUCAGCCGGCUAACGUCAACGUUCAGCUCAGGACCGAGUUAAGUCUCUUGCUCUCCAAGUAAAAAUUGCAAAGGUUUUGAAAUACGGAGCCCUAUCUUCUCCACCAAAAACCUACUGGAGAGCACUUAUCAGCUUGCCCUUUUCGCCCCGAAAAACGACUUUUUCGUUCACCGUCUAAGUCCCUUCCUCUUUCUAAUUUAAGCUGACAGAAGAGGAAGCUGAUAUAUUGAAAUAACAAAGAAGAAUGAAAACAAAUUUAAAAUGGAAAAUGAGGGAAAGCAGAUGCCGAACUGACAAAUCGUCUUCGAGACCAACAACAAAAAAAUUGGGGGAUUUUGCUAACGUAUUGAGACGGUGGUCAUUUUUCGUAGAUGCUGCGGAAGACUAUUAGAUGAAACGAAAGAAAUCAAAUCAACUUCCGCGUUUCUUUAACAGCGGUCAUAACAUUUUUCUAUCUUCAGUCUUGGUCAUUUGCAUUUUUACAACCUUUCCCCUUCCUUUGUAAUGUAGAACACUGGCCACUGUAAAAACCAGACCGCCAGACUGCAAGGAUUAUUGUUAUCGUCCGGGAUAAUGAGCCCGGAGUCCUAUCCUGCAAUCCUGAGCCCUCCGCGUGCUCAUUCUGCUCGCUUUUGCCAAACCUGCACCGGCAAUUUGAAUGAUUUAAAAUCGUCCCGGAAUAGCAAGGCUCAUCAGCUACGCAAAGAAACAAGUUAUGACCAGGACUUCCCUGGUGGCACAGUGGUUGAGAGUCCGCCUGUGAUGGGAAGAUCCAACAUGCCGCGGAGCGGCUGGGCCCGUGAGCCAUGGCCGCUGAACCUGUGCGUCCGGAGCCUGCGCGUCCAGAGCCUGUGCUCCGCAACGGGAGAGGCCACAACAUUCCCAAGUCCAGCCAUGCUACAAAUACCUGCUGAAGCCCCUCUGAAUGGAACAGGCCUGCGCAAAGCCCACCCACCUGCCGAUGCAGGGGACACGGGUUCGUGCCGUGGUCCGGGAAGAUCCCACAUGCUGCGGAGCGGCUGGGCCCGUGAGCCAUGGCCGCUGAACCUGCGCGUCCGGAGCCUGUGCUCCACAACGGGAGAGGCCACAACAGUGAGAGGCCCACGUACCGCAAAAAAAACAAUAAAAAAAAAGAAGGCUGAAUGGAACAUGGCUCAAAGGAAGAAAAGAGAAGGGGAGGGGACUCUGUCCCGAGGGCCCAGAGCUCCGAGUCCUCCAGGCACAGGCGUGGGAGAGCCAGACCCACAGGAGAGGCUGGGCAGAGCCCCCAAACCCGGAGCAGGUGGAGCCCAGAGGAAGAGUCUGCAAAUCUUCCAGCCCCAACCCCAGAGUCUCCCGGUGACUUUCGUGGGGCAGCAUCCACAUCACCUCCGACCAGCCACUCCAUGGGCUGAGAAGACAGCGCCUCCACCAGAGGGCCUGGGCUCCCUUCCGGCACAUCUGCGAACAGGGCGUGGGCUCUGGCCAAAGCCCCAAACCAGAAGGUGGAAACUUUUUCUGAGCACUGGGAGAGGCGGGGAGGUGUUGAUGUUUUAGAAACCAAACCUGUGUCCUUAGAAACACGGCAGAAGGGCUCGGCAGAGCAGCCAGGAGUUGGAUGGUGCUGCAGUGAAUCACAGAAACUCCAGGGAAGAAGAGGCCAUCCGAGAGGGGAGGCAGCCUCUUUUGAAGUCUCAAAAUCUUUAUUAAAUAAAGGAUCCAAGAGGCCUUGGUCAUACAGCAAAGUUUAAUAAUGUUAUAUAUAAUAGAGGAAAAUGAAGCAACAUAUAGCUAUUGUUAGUUAAAAAUGACCUAAGUGACAUAUAAUCUUUGAAUUUACAAAGAUAGCACAACUUAUGCAAUAAAUCAUAUUUGCAGUUAUUCUUUUUUUCAGUAGCAACAAUAAGAUGAUUUU